CAACUGUUUAGUUACUUAAGAUAGUUGGGAUAGUCAGAAAAACUACUAAAAGAAUUUAAAUUAAUAUUGAUAACUCAAUAUUGCUUACCAUUCAACAACAUGGAUGACCAUGACAAGUCUGUUGAGAAACACGAGAUGUCACAGAUGCGAUUCGACAAAGUAACAGAGCAAUCACCUCCACAAUAUAAUGAAGCCAUACAACCACCUACCGGGGGCCCAUAUCAACCACAACCAGGUCAAUACCAACCACUACCUGCUCAAUAUCAACCACCACCUGAACAAUACCAACCACCACCAGGCCAAUACCAGCCACCACCGGGCCAAUACCAGCCACCACCGGGCCAAUACCAACCACCAUCAGGUCAGUAUCAGCCGCCACCUGGAGGUAUGGCUACAGCACAACCUACGCCAUCUGUGCCUGUACAACAAACAACAGUGGUUAUACAGAACCAGCAACUUCUGAACAUACCAACACAGACAAUAUGUCAACACUGCAACAAUUCUGUGGUUACACAAGUAGAGUAUCAAUCAGGGACCUGCACUUAUAUUGCCUGUAUAGGACUGUGCCUCAUAGGGUGUGGAGCUGGGUGUUGUCUGAUUCCAUUUUGCAUGGAUGGCUGUAAAGAUGUACUCCACACGUGCCCACAAUGCCACCAGAUUAUAGGUCAGAAAUCUGGCUGUUAGGGUGAAUCAUUGCCAACUACAUCAUCCCUUCUAAAGUUAACAUGGUCAUGUAGAUAAAAACGUGACCUAAAAAUAUCAGUAGUUGAUAGGAACAGGACAGGAUGGGACAACCCAUGUGUUCUGAAGAUUUUGAUCCAUCAUCUGGACAAUAAAAGAAUGAAAUAAAACAAAAAACAAUUCAAGGAAAUGAAAAAUUAAACAAUGAACACUGAACCCUAUAGCCUGUUGAAUCUUGUUGAUUUCCACAAUGGCUUGACACCACCUCCUGAAAUACAAAAUUCCAAUAGUGACCUUUUGUCACACAACUCUUAUUUGAUAAUCUCCAGAUAAGGCUUUCCGCAUUCCAUCAGGGAAAUCAAUAAGAUGCCAUGAUAUGUUUU